AUGCUCAGUGGUGGUGGGUCUACUUAUAGGUCUACUGUGGUUUCUUCUGUGCAUGAUAGUUUUGUUUUGCAAAAGAUAAAUGUCGAUGGCGUGAAGAGGAACUUUUAUCCUGGCGACAAGCUACCACUGUGGCACGAUGAGCUGGAGCCCCAUAACUCUUUGCUUGAUAUUCUUGCUGCUGGGAACCCUGAUCCCAUGGUGCAGUGA